AUGGGUUUCAUGGCAUGGUACAUGCGCCUCGUCCGUCGUAUUGACGAUGUCUGGGGCAUGGCUGGUCUCGACGAUCGCCCUACGCGCCCUUCGUACCAGGUCUUUUACCUGGAUUCGCCUGAAACUUCUCAAGGAUACUACCCUCAGUCUACAGGCGUACUUCCGUCUGUGACCUCUCAGGCAUACUAUCCACAGUCAAUGGACGGACCUCCGACGCAAGUUGAUACCUACGGAGCUCUGAAGACGGACAAGUCAAUGAACAUCCCAGGGUCGUGGUACGAAGACGAACCUAGCAAAUACAUGUACGACCUGGAAGCUGGAGGCCCCGAAGAGACUUUCAGACACGUCAACAGACCCGCGUUCAGCGACUCCGAUGGCCGGACAGCCAUAUGGGCGAGCUCCGUCACUAAUAUGCCACCCCAUCAGUCGAACCGCGGCCACGGUCAAUACCUGUCACCGGAUACGGCUGCUGCAAACAUCAGUGGACCUUUCAUUAAAUGCGCGGUCCACGAGGGUUCUUGGCAAGGAAAUCCGACUUGCGGUUGUAUGGUAUCGCUUGGCUUCCACCCCCCGAAGCCGCAUGUGGCGUCGACUAUUCGUCCGCAGGACAGUAUCUCUUCAGCUGGCCAUAGUCGCACCAGCUACUGUCAGGUCGGCACCCAAAUACAACGAGGGAAGUCACUUGAGCAGGAGCACAAAGAGCGUUCAGUCGUCAAGGACCGCACCCCAAUACAGCGAGGGAAAUCGCUUGAGCAGAAGCACAACGAGAGUUCAGUCGUCGAGGACCGCAUCUCGAUACGGCGAGGGAAGUCAUUUGAGCAGUGGCACAACGAGGGUUAG